AUGGAAAACCCUAUGUACUGGAAGGAAUUCGAACUCUGGAACUUCAAUUUCAAUGGCCUCAUACUUCUAAUGGUGUCCUGUCGGCGCUGGGCUGUUGCGUCGUUUGUAUGCGUGUUUAGAGAAGUACUGUUCAUCAUUCGAGGUCGAGCGGCCAGAGGUGUCGGCCCGACUAGGCGACGUUACGUAAUGUCCGUAACGCUGAGCUCGUCGGCGCGCGUUAUGUUUAUGUCACCGUCUAGCAGCAAGCUCAGUCCAGCUUCUGAGCGAUGA